GGGGGGGCUGUAGGAGCGGUGGAGGCCGGAGCGCCCUCGGGCCUCGGCUCCAGAAGAUCUGGUAGAGUUGGCGUCGGCGGGGACAGCGGGGACCGAGGCAGCCGAGGCCAAGGUGGCAGCAUGAGCACGGGCCGCGGAGCAGGCCACAGGGGUAAGCCAUUGAUGUAAAAGACUUGACUCCGUAAUCUCCGACGCCCUAAUGCUGUCAUCUGGAGUAGAGACUCAGCCAAUUCUACUUGAUUCCUCCAUGCCUGCUGUGGUACAGGAAUUAUACUCUGAACUCUCAGAUGUCCUCCUGAUGCAAUCCAACAAAGAACCUGUAUGUGCAGAGUUCCCUGGAGAUCUGUUAAAGAAAAAAGGAAAUGUACACAGUACAACUGGACCUCUGCCAGAACCCAUUGAAAACAUACAAGGGAUCUGUGCUGUUUCCACAAUGAACAAAGGAAAGAAAGAGUUGUGUAACUUAAACCUUGUUUGUAAAGCAGAUGACAGUCACCAACGGAUUUUCAACCACUGUAGGGAAAACCCCGGUUCUGCACAGGACAGUUCCACCACUGCAGGGAGUGAAGAGUCUAUAAAACCCGCCGAAGAAAAUUCUAAAAUUUUAUAUCUUACAUCAUAUUCAUCUGGCCCAAAAUCCUUAGAAAAACGUGCGUUUGAAAGCAAUGCUUUGGUAAAGGAAUCUGCUGAAAAAAUAAAAGAGGUUGAUCAAAGCAAGAACUUCUCUUGUGGAGAAGAAAGAAAGGAAGAGAACCAGAGGUCCAGCAGUGAGAGAGGGGGUCUCCUUGUCAGUGCCACAGAACAAGAGCAGACUCUGGGACCCAGUAACCACAGCAACUACUGCACUCAGGCAAGUUCCUGUGCAGAGAUCUGUAGUUCUAUGCCUAAUUCUUUUACUGAAGCCACAGAAAUAAUGUUUAAAAAGAACGAUCUGAAAAAGACUUUAAACUUUCAAGGUAAUUUGGUAAACUCUGAGGACCAUAGAAAAACUGUCACUGAUGUGAACCAUCCUGAGAGACACUCUGAGGAAAGCGGGUUUCCCUUGUUGGUGCACGCUGAAGAACCAGAACAAAACCCAGUAAACUCCAGUGCACUGAGUGAAAAGAUUUACAGUAAAGACUCUAAGUCUGUAGUCAGCGCCCAGAGAAAUCUGGGUGACUCUCUGCCAACUAAAGCAGCAUGCAGUGAAUUUCUGUCUGGAAGAAAAUCCCCUCAGAGUUUGAUACCAGCAGAUCCACUAAGUUCUGAACAUAAUGAGAUAUCAAAACCCAAGAAAAGUCCUGCAAAAUUACCACCAUGUCCAGAGUUUGUUUGCAGACCUGCUUCAGAAAAGCAUGUGCAGGACUCACUUGACAACAUUGCCCGUUUAGAUGAACCAAUCACUGCCUGUGAGAUACGUGAACUUUCUUGUAACAGUGAACUGGUUGAACACAAACUAGAACAUGAAUGUGUUUUAAAUCAACAAGUGUCCCUUAAUUCUCAAGAGCAUGUAACAUUACCAACUGACUCUCUGCUAAAUCUAAACAGAGAGAUGCCUUCAGCAACAUGCAGAGAUGCUCAACAGAGCUGUCAUUCUCUCAAGAACGGAGCAAAUCUUACCACCAAUACUCAAACCAUUCCUGCUGAGACAAACUUGGAAGUCACAUCUGCACAAGGUGACAGAACUUGUGAGGCCUCUUCCUGCAGCCACACCGUGAAUCUCACAAUAAGCCCAGAAGGGCAGAAAGAAAUGACUGAUUCAGGUAUCAAAGAUCUAUACUCCCCGUUCCUCUCAAGUGUGAAAGAAACAGCUGGCUUUUCCUUUGUCACAGAAUGUCAAAAUGUUCAGUCUCAGGAUAUCUCCAGCUGUCAAUGCAUAACAAGAAAUGCGUCUAAAGAGAACAUGUGCUCUGCUUGUGCUGCUCUUGGACCCGGAAAAGAUACCCUGAAAGCCAGCAACUGUAAAGUAAACUGUGGAAAUGCACGGCAUUCUAGCAGGCACUGCUUCCAAAGAUCAGAAGACUUGGUGGAAAAUAGCACCUUUUUGGAGAGUGAACCUGCUGGGCAGAAGACUCAGAGCAGCGUUCUAGGAGGCAAGGUUAGAAGUGAAAUGGCAACAGGUGUGGCAGGUAGUAGAGUUUUGUUGAACACAACCACUCCCGCCUCCAGCCAUGUGGAACGCAGUGAGGAAGUCCUGGGUGGAAGGAAGCAGGGUAGACACAGAUGCACUGCAGUUUACAGCCACAGCACCUCUCCUUGUGAUACACAGAAGCCGAGCCAAUCUACAAACAUUCCAAGUCCUGACACACUAGCGGACCAGUCUCUGAAUGUUAUUUCAUCUCAUUUUAAAGCCAUGUACCAAGCAGCUCAAAGUCUUGACCAAAAAGCAGGUGAAGUCUCUGACUGUCAGAGAAACCAAAAUAGUCCAGACAAAUGCAGAAGUGAAGGUAAGCCAGCUCAGGAAGGACUAAGUGGUGACCCCCGAAAAACUGUCCCUGAGGUCAGCCACAAGGAAAAGGAUUUGCUAGUCAGUUCAGGCAGUGAAAACCCUGUGAUUUGUGGUAGUUUAGAGAAAAGCGAUUCCAAAGGAGCCUUUGAAAAUAUCCCUGGCUCGGAAGCACUGGUAUACAGUGUGCUAGAUGUGGUAUGUCCUGACUGCACAGGUGAGCCUGCAGAGGCUGUGCUGGACGCAUCUAGUCCAGCUGGUCAUUCUACAAGGCGAGAUAGACUGGCAUACCAUGAGUCCUUAAGGACCACCGCACCUCUUCGAGGAGAACUGAAUGUUGUGUUUAUAGGAACAACUGACCAGGACUCGGGACUCUCGAGUGCUGCUGCUUCUACAGUAGACUGCCCUGAAAUACUGAAAUCACGUGAAGAAACAAUAUGCGGAUUUCUAAAAGACUAUGAAAUGGAGGAGUGUCCAGACUCUGCCACGGAUCAUGAAGUAGAAUGUAUUACCAAUCAAGAGCCAAAUGUAAGAGCGCUGGAUAAAGGAGGUGUGUCUUUAAAUUAUAUUCAUUGUGAGAAUCAAGGGAAAGGAAAAUCUGUGAUAGAAGGACUGAGAAUAGAAGCAAAUUCUGAGUUUGGUGAGAAGAAAACCUUUGGAUUAUCCUCAAAAGACUCCAAAUCUUCUAGGUGCCGAGGUUCUAUUGAGAUGGCACAGUCCCAUCUUUCUUCUCAAAAACAUUCACCAGCUGGUGUUCUUGGUGAAAAGCCUAAAUUGAAGCAUCUCUUUAAGCCCAAAGAUGGUGAAAUCCUUCAUGAAAAUAUCAAGAAUUGCACAGUCCAGUCUGACAUGAAAGAAGGAAUACCAGCGAAUAUAGGUAACGCUAGUGAAGGAGAUGGCACGCAUGUCAGUGUAGACACCAGUGUUUGCAAAGCUUGUCAUUCGCAUGAGAAUUCCAUAGAUAAGUGUUUGCCUUUGAUAAUGGUAACAGCAAUUAAACAGAAUAAAGAAGAAACUGAAGAACAUCAGAAGGAGCCACUGGGUCACUUACCUGUUGGGGAGGGGUCCGAGGAGACCAUUACCAGAGACAGUCGUGUUAAUUUUCCUAAGAGUUAUAAGACCCAUUUGAAAUGCCAGAGUGUGCAAGAUGUUGCUAAAAGCCCACAAAUCCAGAGAGUUGAGCGUGCUGUGCCAAAGGACGAAAAUCCGUAUCAAAAGGGUACACAUGCACUGCUGGAACAACACGCGUCAAUGAACAUGCUGUCAGAUGAGAUGCAAAGUAAGAAACCUGUGACUGUCCAGAGUGAGUCCAUCAUAAUGGAAGAAGUCACCCUAAGAAAGCCAACCAAGAAAAAAAUGGCUAGACAGCUUCAGAGGUUGGAAGACCUAAAAGAAGAAAGCUUAUGUCACCUGUUAAAGAAAGACACCUUAUGCACAGGUCCUCGGCUUCCUGGUACUUCUUGGAAAAAACGGGAUCCUAGCGCUGCUAGAGGUGGUCAGAUCCAUGGUGCCUUUGUGACUCUGUCACAUCAGCAAAGAUUGCUUCCCGUAAAGAAGCAACCUCAUCGGACAUGUAAGAGAAUUUCCUGCCCAGAGCUAGUCACUGUGCAGAGAAAAAUAACUAAAGUUAGAAAUUCUGAUUGUGGAAAGAGUUCCUCUAAUCCCAUUCCCACAAAAAUACACAGACUUCUCAGCCCGUGUGCCGUGCCUGCCGCACCAUUGGAACCUGAAGCAGUACCUAGCAAGAGCUUGUGUAGCCACAUACCAAAGCCAAAGGCUACUCUGUGCCAUCCCUUGAGCCCGAGUUGUAGGAAGCCUACCAAAGAAUCAGCCUUACUAAACAAGCUGUCUGUCCUUGCCUCCAAACUGGUUCUGGCUACAAAGCCCCAGAAACUCAGAUAUCAGCGGUAUUCCUCUUCCCUUGUUCCUUUGGCUAAAAGCUACAAGCGCCUCAGAUAUAAAAAGCUCCUAGAUGGAUUUUCAUAUAACGCAAUGCAGCUGGACCCAUGUUUGGCAGCUACUGGACGGGAUAGGAGGUCUAACAGUAAGCCCUUGGCACUUUAUUCUCUUGAAGCUGUCAAAAUGAGCUUCAUAGAUCUGAGCAACAAGAUGCCAUCACUGCUGUUUGGUACCAAAAUCUUCCCAUUUUCCUUCCAUGUGAAAUCAGCAUCCAGUUGCAUGGUUGAGUCCUCCAGGACUUUUCCUGAGCACUGUGCUCCGUCGAGGCUUGCCUUAGCAGAGACCUCCCAGUGCUCAUCUCCACCUCCCAAGUGGACCUUUUCUUUCUUCAUGUCCCACGGUUGCCCUGGGAUGGCUACAUUCAGGGAAGAUACUGGCCUCUGUCGUCAGACACACACUCAGGCUCCUCCGCAGACUGCAGCUCCUCUCCAAGACUAUGGAGGCACUGCCGUAGUCCAGACCGGAGCAGACUGCUCAGUCCUUGGCCUUCACACACUUCUAGCACUUUGUUCACCGGGAUGUUACCGAAUCUGGACAAAAAGACGGAGCUUCACCAAUCACAUGCCUGCCAUGCAGAGGCUCUUCUUGACCCAGUUUACACAGGGCUUAAAAGGGUUAAGGUCUCCAGCCUCUCUAGCAGACAAGGUCUUCUGCUCUCUGCCCUACUCAUUGGGCCGAGUGUUGUCCAUUUGGAGCCAGCAUGGACCCUCCUAUACCUUCCAAUUGCCCGCUCUUCAUUCCACUCACAGCAAGCAGCAGGAGAGCCUGAGCAUCUUGAGCAGCCACAACACCAUACCAAAUGUGCCUCUUCCAGGCAUGGGAGCUGUCCACAGCACCAACAGCAGUCACCUGAGGCUGGAGCCUGUGUUCCCUGCCUUGGUGCCAAAGGCUUGCCUGGUGACAGAACCAGCUGUCAGCAAGCUCCUGCUCUCAGCCUCUGAGUUCCAGGUACCUGGGUUUGAUGAGCUGGGUGACGUGUCAGCGGCAUGCCCCCGACCACAGAGCAGCCCUGCAGAACAGAAAGAGGCUGAGCCAGAGAAGAGACCAAAGAAAGUCUCACAGAUUCGCAUCCGGAAAACCAUUCCUAAACCAGAUCCCAACCUUACCCCAAUGGGCCUGCCUCGGCCCAAAAGGUUAAAGAAGAAAGAGUUCAGUUUAGAAGAAAUAUAUACAAACAAGAAUUACAAGUCUCCUCCUGCGAACAGGUGUUUAGAGACCAUCUUCGAGGAACCCAAAGAACGAAAUGGCACACUGGUCUCUGUCAGCCAGCAGAAAAGGAAGCGUGUUCUGGAAUUCCAGGAUUUUACCCUGCCCCGAAAGAGACGCGCUCGAGGAAAAGUGAAGCUGGUGGGCAGCUUCACGAGGGCCCAGAAGGCGGCUCUGCAGACUCGAGAGCUGGAUGCCCUUUUGAUCCAGAAGCUGCUGGAACUGGAGACUUUCUUUGCCAAGGAGGAGGAGCUGGAGCAGGCAGCGAGCUGCUGAGAACACCGCAGCCGCGUCUCCAUUCCGGAUCUUUUCAGACCUCCCUGGAAGAGGUUCCCAGAUUUUGCCCUAUGCCCAAACCACUCAACGAUGCCCAGUCCGUGAAUUUUUACUUAUUUCAAGGUGCAGGCUUUUUAGAAGCUGGUGAAGAAGGGUCCUCUAAUUCUACUGCUGAGUAUAGAGCCUCAGGAAUGCUCCCUUUCUCCUGGGAAUGGUCCUGAAUGACAUCAGGCCACCCCUUCCUGUCUCUCCCAUCACAGGUGGAAGAAACCACACAUCCUAAGCAACACUAGGAAUCUAAGGACUUGGUGUUUGUGCGUCCACAUGGAAGUUCCUCUGUUUAUGGUGCUGCUCGACCAAGACGUAGAAACCCGGUCUGGGGGGCACUUGGCCACCUGGCCUGUGUUCCCACCAGCUCUUUUCAGUGAUUGAGAAGGAUGAACUGGUGUGUAUCCUGAUCUCUGUCUGCCCAGGAUCUUUAGACUGAGAGAAUGUGUGUGUUUGUGUGUUUGUGGCUUUGCCCCAUCUUUUCUCCCAUCUGUGAGUGUGGGUCACUAGUGCCAGAGGAGCCCAUCCAGGCCCCAACGUAAGUUGCACUUUUUUAAUGUAGUGUUGAUAAUUUUCAUUUUUUUUCUUUUUUGUUUUUGUGUUAUUGCUGCAUGUUUGGGGUCUCUAAAUGUGAUUUUAAAACACUUUGUAAGACAUUAAGGAGAAAGGCAAUACAUGUCUUAAGAGAAUAUGUGACAGGCAUUUGAUCAGCACAUGGAUGGGGGAGUGUCCCCAUUUAUGUUUCAGGCAGCCCCUCCCUAUCUCCAAUUUCUCAUGUAGCUCAUUCGAGGAAACUCAUUUCAUCCUCCUCCUCCGUCCUGCCCACUUUGUACACAUAGCUGUUUAGUGGCUUAUGUAAAAGCAGAGCUCUCAAAAAGAUUAAGGUUGAGUGUGGUUUUCUGUGAAAUGUUGGUAUAUGGCAAAGUUGGGACAGUGGUGACAGAGGCUGGCCCGGAGCAUUUGCAGCUGCUUGAGUGCCUGCUUCAGGAGUAGGAGAGAGCUGAUAGAUAGAUGAGACCCAGUGAUCCAUUCCUCCAGCAAGACCCCAACAUCCCAGAGCCAGUUGCCUCUGAGAGAGCCUCACAUAGUCUGGUCCUUUGCCAAACCUACUGGAAAUGG